AUGACUCUUACAUCACGCAUUCGAAGCAAACACCCCAAGUCUGUCUGUUGGCAAGCCAACAAGACGACAAAAAACAGUCGAGCUCAACAAGUUGAUGCAUCGUCACCAAGCUUUGCGUCACGAAUGAUUCAGUUUAUCUUUCACAGAAAGCGACGUAUUACAGACCAGCGAUCCAAGUCUUGGUCAGGACGACCGGUUCCAACGACUUCAUGUCACCAAGCCAGCGCCAACAUCGCAAUCUCCAGCGGACUUUGUUGCUCUGCUCCGUCUGCAGUACGAUCUUCCGAGUCUGUGCGAGCGCAGCGAUCACAAAGUCAAGGAGCUCCUGACAGCGGGUACAACGAAGCUCGAUGGCGGCAACUACAGUCGCGCUGUGCCAACUGCGAGCGUCUUUUCUUCACGUCCCUCUCAUCAUUAACUGGUGCUGCUGGUCGAUUCUGCUCACUGGACUGCAAGGCAAAUCUCGAGUACAUGAAUCAGUUUCAGGAAGUGAUGGAUGCGACGUGGGAGAGCAGCGAUAGCACUUGCGGAUGGACAGAUGAGGAAAGACGAAGACGUGGAAAGAGAUCAGCAAAUGUGAUCAAGACGCAGUUAAAUAGGCAUAGUGAGUUAUAG